CAACACCAAAUCUGUACGUCAACACCGUCAACACGACGUUAAAAAAUGAAGUUUCGUGAUUUUGAUUAGAAUAAAAUUCGAUUUAUUUAAAGUUCUCACUGAAUUAUAAAUAAAAAUGUCACCAGAAAUAGUUGAUACUAGUGCUCGUUACACUGGGGAAGUUUUCUUACCCAGUUGUCAUUUGUAAACGUGUAAAACAUUCAAUAUUUUUAACAUCAAUCGCCAGUAACUAACCAACCAUGGAGGGCACAAUCUCACAGAAUUUUGCAAAUAUACUCAGCACCCUGACUAUCCUGUCAUGCCUCUUCCUAAAAGUACCACAGAUUAUGUACAUAAAAGAAAAAAAAUCAGCAGAGGGAAUCUACAUACAGGCUAUGCUUAUGGAAAUAUUUGGGUUCUCCAUAAUGACAUUAUACAACUUUACGAACAACUACGGCAUCAUGACUUACUUGGAAUACCCGAUAAUACUGCUGCAAGUGUACGUGAUGUUUUACUACGUGCUCAAGUUUAAGAAAAUGCUGCCUUCUUCUGCAGUACCACUCGGUACCCUGGCGUAUUUCUCUACUGUCGUCGGGUUUGUGACAGGCGUUCUACCGAAGGGUAUACUUGGAUAUCUUGUGCCAUUCUGCACUCCUCUGAGCGGCUUCGCGAAGGUGACGUACAUUUAUGGGAUCAUCAAAGAACAGAAUGCUGACGCCGUUUCGUUGACAACAUGGGUUAUAUCAGUCUCAACUAACUUAGCUCGCAUAUUCACGGUCUACGUAGACUCGGCAGACUUCAAGUUGUUGCUAAACUUCUUGGUGUCGACGCUACUGAGCUCUGCAGUGUUGGGAACAGCCAUCUACUACAAGAAAACAAGCAGUCCACAACCAUCAUCUCGAAGGAAGUCUAGCACUAAACACAACCAUUCCGAUUAGGUUUGCUACUUUAUUCUAGGUUCGUAGCUAGUUGGUAUACAGCCAGUCUUAUUAACCUGUCUGUUUGUAGAUUUAUUUGCUUGUUGAAACUGCACUGCUGCUGUGUGGAUCUCUUUAACAAAAUGGUUUUCCCGAAUAACAACUCUUGA